CUCGCGGCAGAGGCACAGGCCUCAAGCGUGGCCGCAAACCUCGAGGGGCCGUUCCCAACGUCUCGACAGACUCAACUCGCUCCUUCAGCGCCCAAGCAGGCCCAAGCACACCCACCCCUACUUCUCAAUUCACGCCUGUACAAUGGACCCAGCCCGCCAUGCCUGCCACCACUGGCUCGUCCUCCAAAGCCGGCUCCGUGCAGCCAGGCGCUACCUCGGAUGACCCAAGUAGAUCUAUCGUCGCAAGCCCGACAGAGAUGGAGACGGGGGAGCAGAGGCAGGGAUCGACGGCACCGCAGCCUAUGGGUGCGGGUGCGAGGGGAUCUCAGCAGCCGGGUGCGACAGGCGGAACGCCAGCUCCUGGUGCACGCCCGGAUGAGGAUGCGGAGGGGGAGGAUGAGAUCCUCCCGGCGAUGGCUGAUGACGACUACUCGGCGCAGCUGUCGUGGCAGAGUCAGAGCAAGGACAACUUGAAGGUGCUCAUGGACAACUUCAGUCCCGCACAAUAUGAUCGUUUUGAGGCGUAUCGGAGACAUGCUCUGCCUAAACAGGCCGUCCGCAAGGUCAUCCAGCAAACAACCGGUCAGCAAGUUUCUCAGCCGGUCGCUCAAAUUGUCGCUGGUUUUGGCAAAGUCUUUGUCGGGGAGAUUGUCGAGAAAGCGCGAGAGGUUCAAACACGUCGCAACGAGACUGGUCCGUUAACGCCUGAUCAUCUGCGCGAAGCCUACCGGAUGUAUCAAGAGGAGACUGGUCGCGUAGGAAGUGCUAGAGCAGGCAGAGGACGCCGACUUUUCGUUCGAUAG